AUGGGUUCAUUUCCAAAAUAUUGGCCGAUAAGUGGGUCCGAGUCCCCUUUCUCCCCUCACACCCUCUCAUGUGACUACGUCCGCAGACCUUUGAGAGAGAGAGAGAGGAAAAGACUGAUCAUCAGUCCUUAUUUCUCUGCUGGCGCUGGGUUGAUGGGUAUAGGAGUAUUACUCACUAUAUUACGUAGAUCCAUUACUUUGGGAAGUACUUUCGCUCAAAGAAGGAUGUUGGUCACCCUGGAGAUCCCAAGUAAAGAUAGAUCUUAUCCUUGGUUUUUGGAAUGGAUGGCUUUACAAGCUUUACAAGAUCGACCGAUGAACGCAUCUACUAUCUCCACACCAUCAACUUCCCCUUCUUCAUAUCGGAGGGGAUGGUGGGGUUCAACACGUUCCGUCCAAUUACGCAGUCACGAGCUUGCCGUCGAGACUAGUUAUAAACAACAUGAGAACGGAUCGAGUGAGGCGGUAUUUAAUCUAGUUCCAGGUCCCGGCACUCAUUAUUUCAGAUAUAGAGGUGUAUGGUUUCAGGUCAAACGAGAACGUGAUGCUAAACUCAUGGAUCUCCAUUCAGGUUCUCCAUGGGAAACUCUCACACUCACUACUCUGUCCUCCUGUCGACACUUAUUCCCUAUACUCCUUUCUGAGGCUCGUACUCUGGCCGAAAGAUCUACAGAGGGUAAAACGGUGGUUUAUACAGCAUGGGGAACGGAAUGGAGACCUUUUGGAAAGCCUAGAAGGAAGAGAGAGCUGGGAAGUGUGAUUUUGGCUGAAGGUGUGGCGGAGAGGAUUGAGAGUGAUGUGAGGGGAUUUCUGGGAAGAGGGAGAUGGUACGCUGAAAGAGGCAUACCCUAUCGUAGAGGCUACCUUCUUCAUGGUCCACCUGGAUCCGGCAAAACAUCCUUCAUCCAAGCUCUCGCAGGGGCAUUGUCAUACAAUAUCUGCCUAUUGAAUUUGGCCGAAAGAGGAUUGACAGAUGACAAACUCAACCAUCUCCUCGGUCUUGUCCCCGAACGAAGUAUCGUCCUACUGGAAGACGUCGACUCUGCGUUCAAUCGUCGAACGCAGACUUCAGAAGAUGGGUUCAAAUCAUCUGUGACCUUCUCCGGUCUGCUCAAUGCCCUCGACGGGGUGGCUUCGAGUGAAGAACGGAUCAUAUUCAUGACCACGAACCAUUACUCUCGAUUGGAUCCUGCGCUCAUUCGACCUGGCAGAGUGGAUCUGCAAGAACAUUUGGGUGAUGCGACAGGUGAACAAGCACGAAGAUUGUUCGUCAAGUUUUACUCGCCUUCCUUGUCUGCUCAACCCGAGACCAAGUCCAUUGUCGGGACAGGGGCCGCAGGUCUGGAGUCUUUGGACUGGGAAGAGGUGCAGGAGAUGGGUGAGAAAGUGGAAAGAGUGGUGGAAGAAGAGAAAUCGGCGGGGCGGACAGUAAGCAUGGCCAGUCUACAAGGACUUUUCAUACGGACUGGAGCGAGACAAGCUUUAGAGUCGGUGAAAGAAUGUUGCUUAUCGGCCGAACGCCACUCCACGUCAUAG